AUGGCCGACCAAGGCGGGUCGCAACACGGCAUAGCCCGGACAUCGCGCGUGCGCACAGAGGACCAGAAGAAGCGCGACCUCGAGCGCAUCCAGAAAUACCGCGAGCUCGAGGACCAAGUCCGGUCGUACGUCUCUCGGGGCGACUACUCCGCCUCCGUCUUCCAGCUCACGUCCAAGCUCCUGCGCCUCAACCCGGAAUAUUACACAAUAUGGAACGUCCGCAGGCGCUGCCUAAUCUCUGGCUUAUUCUCCAGACCAUCGGCUGGGUCAUCAUGCUCGACGGCGUGCUCGAAUACUUCUCCUACCGCCACUACAACACCAUCUUCCACCAGCUCCUCGUCCUCGUCUUCGGCCGCGACCCCGCGCGGCCCCGCCUCCCAGACAGCUGGGAGGAGUGGUACAACAGCUGAGGCAAGCAGCAGCGGGCCGGAAGCGUCGGAAGCCAGGGGGGACAGCAACUGCGAUGCUGCUGCCGCCGCCGCCGCCGCCGCGGAACAGCAGGACCUCUCAACGAUCAAGACCGAGCUCAGCUUCACGAUCCCGCUCCUCCUGGAGAGCCCCAAAUGCUACUGGAUAUGGAGCUACCGCCUCUGGAUCCUGCAGCAAGCCAUCCAGCGCCUCCGCAGCCGCGUAUCGCGCCAGAUAUGGGAGGAGGAGCUGGGGCUGGCGUCCAAGAUGCUGGGCAAGGACCGGCGCAAUUUCCACGCCUGGGGCUAUCGCCGGCACGUCGUCGCCCAGCUGGAGAGCGCGACCCUGCAGGGCGGCAGCAUGGUCGAGGCCGAGUUCGCAUACACCGAGCGGAUGAUCCACACGGACCUGUCCAACUUCUCGGCGUGGCACAGCCGGAGCAAGCUGAUCCCGCGGCUGCUGGAGGAGAGGGGUGCCGACGACGCGGCGAGGAGGGCAUUCCUAGAGGAGGAGCUAAGCAAGAUCCGCGAAGCCCUCAAUGUCGGGCCUGAGGACCAGUCGCUGUGGUACUACCACCAGUUCUUGGUCCUCAACCUGGUCUACCCGGACAAACACCCCGUCAUGACACGAGGGCUCACGACACAGGACCGCAUCGCCUACUUGACGCGCGAGAUUGAUGAGAUCAAGGAUCUGCUGGAGGACUACACCGACGUGCAGCUGAUUUACGAGGGACUGUUUGAGUACACACUCUACCUUUGCCAGCUCGAGGGGAGACAGGCCGAUGCCGGCGAGCGAGCAGACCUAGUAGCGUGGCUAGGAAAGCUCAAGCGGUUAGAUCCGAUGCGAAAGGGAAGAUGGGCUGACGUUGAAACGGAGUUGGGGCUGAAGGAGGGAAGGGAUGCAGAAUAA